UUUUAUAAGUUUAUUAAACUUUACGCAUUUUUAAAGAAAGAGUGGCCUAAAUCAUGACUUUAUUGCUAAAAAUUGACAAAAAUUUGUUCUAUUUUUUCCAAGUGAUGCCAAGAAAAUUUGCUAAAUUUCUUAUGAGGCAAACCUGCAAAACAUUUACAUCUGUAAUAAUUUACACAUCACUGUCCAACAAUAAAUAUGACUAUUUUUUAGUGAAAGUAUUGCAUAUUUAUUUCAUUGUUACACUUUGUCCAGUUUCUAGUGGAAAUAUCUUUGUCCACUGGAAAUAAGGAAGCUAAGAAGGUGAAUUAGCGCCUUUGUAGGUAGAAAACGAGUAAAUUUGCAAGAGAAAACAAACAUUUUGAGAUUAAUCUCAGAAGUUUUCUAGAAAACAACUUGGAAAUGUCUGAGUUUGAAAAGUAAAACAUUUUAAAGUCUUUUUUGCAGUGCAAGUAGGUAAAAAACAUUUUUUUGGCCCUCAAAUCCUUUUAACUUGACGAUUUUGGCCCAUCUGACCAAAUCCUUGGACGUCCCUGUCUCAAGCUGACUCCAUUAUAAUCCUGUAUCUGUAAUGUAUUUGUGUAAAGCAUGCUCUAUCAAUACCCGGCUCAAAAACAAUCACUGUCUUCUUCGUGGCUUCGUCUUUUUGCUCCGCUCUGCUCUCGUCCCGUCUCGUCCCGUCCUCUCCCUCCGGUCCGCCUCCAGGCCGCAGACCUCACCAUCGAACGCAACCCGGAAUGCAAACCCAAGCCCGACCCGUCCACGCUGAUGUUCGGAAAGCAGUUCUCCGACCACAUGCUGACUAUAAGCUGGUCCGAGAAGGACGGCUGGGACGCGCCGGAGAUCAAACCCUUCCAGAACCUGUCUCUACACCCGGCCACCUCCGCCCUGCACUACUCCAUAGAGCUGUUUGAAGGCAUGAAGGCGUUCCGUGGCGUCGACAACCACAUCCGUCUCUUCAGGCCGAUGCUGAACAUGGAGAGGAUGCAUCGCAGCACGAAGAGGAGCUGCCUUCCCCUGUUUGAUAAAUCCGAGCUGCUGCAGUGCAUCAACAAGCUGGUGGAGGUGGACCAGGACUGGGUUCCUUUCUCCCAGGACGCCAGCCUCUACAUCCGACCCACGUUUAUCGGCACUGAGCCGUCUCUUGGCGUUUCUCGAGCCGGAAAGGCGCUGAUCUUCGUCAUCGUCGGCCCAGUGGGACCGUACUUCGCCACGGGUUCCUUCAGCCCGGUUUCUCUGCUGGCGGACCCGGCGUACGUCCGAGCUUGGAAAGGAGGAGUCGGGGAGUACAAGAUGGGGGGUAACUACGGGCCGACCAUCGCCGUCCAGUCGGAGGCGCAGAAGCAGGGCUGCCAGCAGGUUCUGUGGCUCUACGGCCAGGAUGAGCAGAUCACCGAGGUCGGCACCAUGAACCUCUUCAUCUACUGGACCAACACUAAAGGAGAGAGAGAGCUGGUGACUCCUCCUCUGGACGGCAUUAUUCUGCCAGGAGUGACCCGGCAGUCCCUGCUGGACCUGGGCAGAACCUGGGGUGAUUUUAAAGUGACGGAGCGAACGAUGGGGAUGAAGGAGCUCCUCGAAGCUUUGGAUGCUGGAAGAGUUCUGGAGGUUUUUGGAGCCGGGACCGCCUGCGUCGUUUGUCCCGUUGGAAACCUCCUUUAUAAAGGAAAGACUUAUCAGAUCCCUACAAUGCAGAACGGUCCAGAUCUCGCAAAGAGAUUCUACAAGGAGCUUACUGAUAUUCAGUACGGACGCAAACCAAGCGAAUGGGCACCAGUGGUUGUGUAGAGUCGUCGGUUUUUAUGAAAUGUGAUUCCAGUUCGAUCGACCAGCCAAUGCACAUCGACCCUUGAAAGGAAAACGGUUGGAGGUUUGAAUGUAAAGCAUUAACACACCAAGCACCUAGAUGACAGAAUAGAAACAAAUAUAAAUAUUUGAUGUAAAGUAUUAGAGUAAGGAGUCUAUAUAAGUAUCAAACAUCCGUUGUGAUCAUUGCUGUCGGCACAAACUGACACAUCUGUGUUCAAAAAGCAGCUACAUAUUCAGUGUAGGACCUGGAGGCAGAAUGCACUACUAAUCCACUGUAGAACAUGUUGAACUGUUAAACCUGUGUGAGGACGUCCUGUUACUGAUCCAAGCCACUCAGCUCUCACGGAGGUGCAGCGGCGCCCUCUGGUGGUGGGAAGCAAAGCCGCAGACGAGACCUGAAGGCUGGCUGUUACUCCUGCACUAGUUUGUGUUUUUAUCAGAACAAUGUAAAGUUAAAGAUUGUGUUUAGGGGCUUUUAAAUUAUUGUAUCCUCGUGUUGAUGUGAAAUCUGGCCAGCUGUCUUCCAAAGUAUCAUCUUGCUGUAUUCUGCUUUUAAAUGUUCCGUUUCCGCUUUCUGAACGCCAUGUAUUUGUUCUCCUGUCUUUUCCUUGAAGUGCCUGACCGCCGCCGGUUAGCUUGUUCUUCUCAUGUUAAUGAUGUAGCUGGAAACAAUUCAUCUUAGUUUUAUUUUCAACAUGCUGUUACUUUUAUUCGGUUUUUACAAUAAAAUUUUAUUUGAGUUUUA